UACCUCAUCUCUCAUCGCUUUGUUUGUUCUAUUCCUUCCUUCUAUAUAGCUUGUUUUUCCAGUCAUGCAGCAGGCACUUCCUCGUAAGGUUAAUACUGAACUUGGUAUCAAAUCCCCUGCUGCCAAGUUCUACAACCUCUUCGCAACGAAGCUUAACUGUGUCCAAAAUCUUUGCGAGAGAGUGCCUGAAACCAAGCUUCAGGAAGGUGACUGGCAUGUCGUUGGCUCGGUCAUAAACUGGACUUACGUUAUAGAUGGCAAGGUAAACACAUGUGAUGAGCGUAUUGAAGCCAUUGAUAAACACAACAAAACAAUCAAAUACAGCCUCUUCGGUGGAGAUAUCAGUCGCAACUUUAAGACCUUUACACUCAUCCUUCAAGUGACUGAUAAUAUUGAUGGCAGUGGUGCUGCUGUUAAAUGGACUAUUGAAUAUGAGAAGCUCCAUGAGGAUAAUGAACCCCCACAUGGCUGGGUGGACUACUUGAAUAAAUGCACUGGAGACAUUGAUGCUAAUCUUUUCAAGGUUUAAUCAGCUCCACAGGUUAUGAUGAAGAAAAAAGCAAAUAAUUAAUAAAUAAAUGGGCUUGGUUUGGGGAAUAAAGUGCAUAUCUAUAUAUAUAUAUAUAUAUAUAUAUAUAUAAUCAGUGUGAAGUUUGACAUGUAAAAUAAUUGAUCGAGAUGCUCCUUUAAUUAUUUGUGUAAAGUAAAGAUGCAUGCUUCUCGGUGAAGUUUAUGUUAAAGGGUUCGUCAUACUACAAUAAAUAAAUGGAUAUUCGUGUGUGCUUUA